CUGGUCCAAGUGUUUGGUCUUCGCUGUUCCUUCACCAGAGCCUUCCCCCCUCCCCCAAUACAUACUUCUGUCUCAUUCCCCCCGCUCCAACAGCUCCAACAAUCCCUUUCUCUCUCCAUUUCCCUUUCCCCCCUACCCCUCCUCCCUUCUCUCAUUUAAACCCUUUCCAUCACUUAAACCUCUCCACUCGCUUUUCAGUAUCGCUGUGUCCCUGUCACUCGCUGGAACCAGCUUCCUCUUUCCUUCCUAAUAUUGCUAGCUUCACAUUUUUCUGAAAACCCCAACCAAAUUAUCCCGUCAUUCGCCAUGUCGGUAACAAACUAUCCGUUCCGUGAUAUCAGCAUCAUAGCAUCUGCUUCCCAUUACACAUUUCGCUCUCCAUCUUCCCCAAAUGCACCAGCCCUUGUUGUCGCCAGGCCUUCGGGUGCUAUGCAAAUGACCCACUCCCCGAAUACCAUGGGUGGGAAGAGGGUCACUAUUGCUGGAAUCCUGGGAAUUGUCCAUUUGCGCCUUGACAAAUACAUCGUUAUCAUUACCAAAGCUGCUCAGGUGGGGCGUAUACGUGGCCAGGCCAUCUACAAAAUCGAGUCAACCGAGUUCCUGCCAUUGCAGGAGAGAGUUUUACACGACCCCGAUGAGGAUACUUAUCUCGAGUUGCUCACAGCCCAUCUUCGGUCCGGUCCGAUGUACUUUUCCUACUCCUUCGACUUGACCAAUAGCUUUCAGCGACAGUCGAGCGCAGAUCCCUCACUUCCACUUUGGCAAAGGGCCGACGAUCGGUUCUUCUGGAACAGGCACCUGCAAACUGAUCUUAUCGGUUUGCAUAACUCUCACCAGGCUGUAGAUCCUUACAUUCUUCCCGUCUUCUUCGGAUACCUUAAUAUCACAACUACAACCAUCAAGUCCACACCCCUGACGUUUGCUCUUAUCACAAGAAAGUCUCGCCAUAGGGCAGGGACUCGGUACUUUACUCGUGGGAUAGAUGAAUCGGGCAACGUAGCAAAUUUCAACGAAACAGAGCAGAUUAUCGUCAUCGGUGACUCCGCUGGUGGUUAUGUUCAAACACGAGGCAGCGUCCCGGUAUACUGGUCAGAAGUUAUCAAUCUUCGCCCAAUUCCGGAGUUAAAAGUGAGGUCUGUUGACCUAGCGUUGAUCGCCGCAAAAAAGCACUUCGAUGAGCAGAUCAAAUUGUAUGGUGAUAAUUAUCUGAUCAAUCUUGUCAACCAGUCCGGAAGGGAGGAAGAGGUAAAGACGGCGUACGAAAAUGCCGUCAAGGAGCUAUUGAUGGAUCGUUUACACUAUAUCUACUUUGACUUUCAUCACGAAUGCCGAGGGAUGAAAUGGGACAGGGCUCAGGCACUUUUGGAUAACCUGGGAGACGGAUUGUACGACCAAGGCUAUUACCACUCAGUUGAGGGAAACGCAACAACUUCGAACUCUAUAAUAAAGAAGCACCAAAGUAGCGUUAUGCGGACAAAUUGCAUGGAUUGUCUCGAUAGGACCAACGUGGUCCAAAGCAUGCUUGCGAGGUGGACGCUCAAUAGCCAGCUAAUGGAUAUUGGCAUUCUGGAUAAGGGAGAGAACACGGCCGAUUUCGAGAAUUUCGAGGCAAUGUUUAGGAACGCAUGGGCGGACAACGCCGAUGUAGUAAGCCGUGCUUAUUCAGGCACCGGAGCUCUCAAAACCGACUUUACCCGAACGGGAAAUCGCACCAAGGCUGGAGCCCUUGCCGAUGGCAUGAAUUCUGUCACCCGAUACAUCCGCAACAACUUUGCAGAUGGCCCUCGACAAGAUGCCUACGACCUCUUCCUUGGCAACUACACGCCUUCGACUUCCCUGUCGUCUCUCCUCUUUGUUGACCGUCGCCCGAUCAUAAUACAAAGUGUGCCAUAUAUUCUUAUGGGAGCACUCUUCCUUGACUUUGCCGCGCUAUUCUUUCCCGACCUCAAUGCUUCCCCUAGCCCAGAUCCUGCAGCUUCUGGAGGUGGAAAUGCGGAUAUCACUGGCAGGUCCGGCACUCGUUUCAGCACUAAACUUUUUGUACUCUUUUGGGCCGGAAUUGCUAUUCUAGCCGCACAAUUCAUGUUGAAAUAUGCUUUACUAUAUGUUAACUGGCCUAAGCUUUCGCCUCCAGGAUUUGCCAUCGAGGGCUACAGCGAUGCGUUAAAUAGGGCGAAGAAGGAUCCCUUGAUUGGUAAAUGGGUUGGCAAACAAAGUGGGCAUGAGAGAGGCGCAAGUAGCAUUAGGCUCGUACACUUGGAGGAGGGGAAAAAGAGGAUUGAAUAGAGUCAUUGGCACGUUGUCAAGUAUGAGUAUACCCAGGGAUAUUGGCCAAAUGUUUUCUUUUUUUUUCCUCCCCCCCCUCUUUCCCUUUAUCCUUCCAUAUUCUUCUCUUUCCCUUUCUCAUACUCUAUUUCAAGGCUGGAUGUUAGUGCUAUCUUGUGCCCGAAAGUUCACGCGGUGGACUGCGAGGAUUUUGAAACUUCAACAAUGUUUCCUUUGUUCGAUGGUUCUGGAAGCCUUUCCUUUUGUGGGCGUGAUGGGCUAGGAAUAAAGCGUGUUUCCUGAGACUGAAUUGCAUGUGCAAGGUUAUAUUUCACAGCAUCCUACAGUUAAUCAUG